CUCGACUCCCCUGCCUUACAACUCUAUUGCAUCCCAAAACUGAGCAGAUUCAUGAACUUCAAAUUAUGAUUUCCCCAUUUAUAAUUCGGUAGACUUUACCUCGGCACAACCAUCAUUAUCAUUCCUGGGCAACAAAGUGAAAUAAAUCCGAAAUGCGGAGGGAAAAAAUAACAAAGUGGAGAGGAGAGUGAAAGUUUCACUUGUUCUGGUGUACUGUAACGAUCACUUGUCUUAAAGGAAAGCUUGCCACGUAUUCUCCGAUUUUCCCUCUCCUUCUCUUCCUCCAUUGCCUCAGAAUACGUUGAUCUUUAUUUCUCUAUUUAUAAUAACAAAAAAUUGGGAAAAAAGCACAGAAACGGCUGUAUUUUGACUAUUGUUGCGAAACCCUGAAUCGGAAUGCCCCCCUCAAUUGGUGGGGCCCCCCAAAACUGUCAUCUUUUUCGUUACUGAGACACUUUAGGUUCAAUCCAAACUAUCCAAUUGAUCAUAAUCACAAGGGGGUUUUUUUAUUCGGGUUUGUGAUGACUCACAAUGCCGGCCAUGGCGAUCUCAAGCUGGUGGGAGAUUACGUGAAAUUGGAGGUUGGCGUGGGCGGUGGUGGGGCCCAGUGCCUCAAGGCGGUCUCGCCUUCUUGCGGUGGAGGAGGCGAAUGGCGGUGGCUGUUGUGGUGGUGGGCCAAGCUGCUACUGGUGGCGUUGUUUAUUGCGGUGUUGCUUGCUGUUUUCUUGAAAUGGAUCGGACCCUUCGUCAUGGACAAGGAGAUCAUCCCCUUAAUUAAUUGGGAGAGAGAAUCGUUCAGCAACAAGCACCUAGCACUUUUGAUCUUUGGUUCUCUGACAAUAUUCCCGUCCAUCCUUUUGCCUUCUUCACCGUCUAUGUGGCUUGCUGGGAUGACUUUCGGAUAUGGUUAUGGUUUUCUUCUGGUCGUUGGAGGAGUCAUAUUUGGUGUCUCUCUCCCAUAUUUCAUUGGCUCGCUAUUUUACCAUAAAAUCCAACUGUGGUUAGAGAGAUAUCCUAAACGAGCUUAUGUGAUAAGAUUGGCUGGCGAGGGAAGUCUGUUUAAUCAGUUCAGAGCUGUAGCACUUAUUAGGAUUUCUCCUUUCCCCUACAUCAUAUAUAAUUACUGUGCCGUAGCCACAGAUGUCAAGUUUGGACCUUACGUGUUAGGAACGCUUGUCGGGAUGGUGCCAGAAAUAUUUCUUACACUUUACACUGGAAUUAUCAUACAAACUCUAGCCGAUGCUACGGAUUAUCGGAAGACCAUGUCAGGUUCUCAGAUUCUGUUCAACAUUGGGGGAUUCUGCAUCACCGCGGCAGCAACAGUGCUCGUCACAUUGUACGCGAAAAGGCGACUGAAGGAACUGCAGAUGGAAGAGGUGCUAGUCAGUAAUACCUCAUAUGUCAUGUGGCUAGAUUAUUGCUUUCUAUUGCACCACCCGUAGCGUAUACAUGAACUGAUUCAUCGUCUGGUGAGUUUAUAUAAGUUGGCUCCUCAUUUUUUCGAGACUCCUCUUCCCAGAGGGGAAAUGGGAGUUAGGCAUCACAUCCAAUGAUAUCGAUUCUGGCUUCCUUCCUUACCCUCAUUAUGAUCUGUACAUAGUCCCCGAUCUCGGCCUUUUAAGGCUUGCAUUACUACUUUGGCUAUAUGUUAUAUUGAAGAAGCCAGCCGGGAUAUUAAUUUCGAAUAAAAGGAUAUAUAUGGCUGAGCUAAUGUAAAUCUAUGCCUUAAUUAUGUUGUUUAGAAUGUUUGCAGUGAA